AUGAAUGUCAGUGAACGUACCUAAAAUUACUUCACUACAUUCACUGCGGACUCUUGUUGCACAGAAGUAAACAGAAGCGUCGAUCCGAUCAACAGUUCUUAGGCUGUUUGAUUAAGUUACAGCCAUCAGGUGAAGUGAAGGGAGUGAGCGAUCCACGUAUUAUACGUCCAUGGCUCUCAACUCAUGUCGUCCAUGUUUACUUUAGAUAUAACAACGAUUAAGUUCUUGACACUUGAAUUAAUAAAAACUAGGUGUAUUUAAUGACUGCGAAUAUAGCUGCAAUGGGAGAAGCAAAACUUGAUAUGUAUAGCGAUGUAACAUACAUGGUCGACCCACAAAAUGUGGAAGGCGAAAUGACAGUGGGAGCGAAGCAUAAAGCUAACCUUGGAGAACCUGAAUUUAACACAUUAAACGAACCAAUUAGUGUCACAAUUUUGAGGGAUGUGCGAGCAGUGGGAAGAAAGUUCUUUCAUGUUUUGUAUCCAAAAGAGAAGAAGAGCUUGCUUAAGGAAUGGGAUCUCUGGGGACCCUUGGUACUAUGUACCUUCAUGGCAAUGAUCUUGCAAGGCUCUUCAGAUGCGGAGAAUAACAUAAAUGAUGGAGGUCCAGAAUUUGCAGAAGUCUUUGUAAUAGUUUGGAUUGGAUCAAUGGUUGUUACAUUAAACUCCAAACUUUUAGGUGGAAAUAUAUCCUUUUUUCAAAGUGUGUGCGUCCUUGGCUAUUGUCUACUUCCAACGGCCAUUGCAUUAAUACUAUGUAGAAUAAUAUUAAUUGUGGACCAAAGUACCUUUCUAUUCAUCCUACGAUUCCUGAUAACAAUGACAGGAUUUGCUUGGGCAACAUAUGCUUCGAUGGCAUUCCUUGGAGACAGCCAACCAGUGGGACGGAAAGCAUUAGCAGUUUAUCCAAUAUUUCUGUUUUAUUUUAUCAUAUCGUGGUUAGUCAUAUCUCAUACUGUAUAGAGUGUAAAUUAUACAAAUUUUGACUUUUCAAUAAGACUGUAUAGUAUUUAUGCACAAACCUAAUAAACCGUGGAACCCGA